AUGAGAGCAGCUAGCUUUCCACAGCCGCUCGUGGCCAAGCCGCAUCGCCGGGAAGACCUCCUUUCCCUUGCACAAAUAAAGAAAUCCCUCGAAGAAGUUCCCAUGUCAAUUCCAUACGAAAUGUCCGGUAAGAUCGAGUGCUCUUCCAGCGGUAGAGACAAAGUGGUGAUCGACUGCAACGACGGCAUCAUCAGUUUCGUCGAUCGUGGCCUCAACUUCAAUUCAGGAUUCUAA